UAUCUCUACAUUUCUCAUAAUCCAAAUUAACACUUCUUUACAUUUUUUGCUUAAAAAAAAUGGCUAUCUCUUUCAAUAAUUGUUCCACUUUUAUGAUAUGUAUAAUUUUACUUUUGCCUACAUUUUCUUUUGGUACUGAAAAUUAUUAUUCUAAAGCUACAUUUUAUAAGACCUCUGAUGGCAAAGGAACACCUACUGGAGCUUGUGGUUAUGGAGAGCAUGGAAGAUAUGUCAAUGAUGGUCUCGUUACCGCCGCGUCAUGGAAGCUCUAUAAGAAUGGAGUUGGAUGUGGUGCAUGUUAUCAGGUGAGGUGCAAGGACGAGGCAUUAUGUAGCAACGAGGGUGUUAAGGUGUUAGUGACUGACAGUGGUGAGGGGCCUGGAACUGACUUUAUUCUCAGCUCAGAUGCAUUUGCUAAAAUGGCUAAGCAUCCAAAGCUAGCUCACAUGUUGUUCCCAAAGGGAGUGGUUGAUGUUGACUACAAAAGAGUUUCUUGCAAAUAUGGCAAUCUCAAAAUCAAAAUUAAUGAACAUAGCAACUAUCAUGGCUACCUUGCUAUAUUCCUAUUUAACAAUGGUGGUUAUGCUGAUAUCAUAGCAAUUGAAAUCUACGAUGUAAAAACCUACAAAUGGAUACCGAUGAGGAGGUCAUAUGGAGCAGUUUUUGAUUUGGCAAAUCCACCAAAGGGAGAUCUUAAAUUAAGGAUUCAAAUAAAAGAAGGUGAAAAGACCAAAUGGAUUAACUCAGACAAAACUGUGAUUCCAGAUUAUUGGAAACCUGGCUCUAUUUAUGAAACUGAUGUUCAGAUUCCUUGAACAAAUACAAAAAAAAGAAUUAAAAAAAUUGUCAAUUUAUAUAUACUGUGGUUUGGAGUCAAAUAAAGUUAAUAAUUUGUCCAGGGUUAUCAGCAGCCAUUGUAGUUUUAUUUACCAAAUGUUUGUGUUAAUAAGGCUGACCAAAUUAAAUUCGUGUAAAAAUAAAUAAACUACAAGUUUUAAUGUACA